AUGCUUGUGGUUUACUUGCUUGCGAGCCUUCUGGCAGGCGUUGCUAGUGCCGGCAAGGCUGCCGAUCUUGUCGGGACUUGGACCACCAAGUCUCGCAAAGUCGUUACAGGGCCAGGGUUCUACGACCCAGUCAAUGAUAAAUUAAUCGAGCCGGAUCUUACGGGCAUCUCGUUCUCAUUCACGGACGAAGGCCAUUAUGAACAAGCGUUCUACCGCGCUAUUUCCAACCCACAGGACCCGUCAUGCCCGAAGGGUAUUAUGCAGUGGCAGCAUGGUACAUACACUAUGGAGGCGGAUAGUUCGCUGCAUUUGACUCCGAUAGCUGUGGACGGUCGCCAGCUGCUAUCAGAUCCGUGUAAAGAAGAGAUCGGGAUAUAUACCAGGUACAACCAAACAGAGCUGUACAAGUCUUUCACCGUGGGCACCGAUCCAUAUCAUAAAAGUACGCGGCUCGACCUCUACCAGUUCGAUGGCGCGCCCAUGCCGCCGAUGUAUCUUGUCUACAGGCCACCCGAGAUGCUGCCCACAAAGCCGCUGAGCGACAUAACGUCCAAAAACAAGAAACGUCAUCUCAGUGGAGAUCCUAGUAAAAGCGUCGGUUUGGGAGGCCUUGUUAGCAAAGACAGUCUUCUUGAUCCGGACCGCUGGUUGUGGCUGGGUGUGGUUAUGAGCGCUGUUGGCGGCCUCACACUGUUCUUCUCGUAG